AUGGCUUUAACUUCAACUAUCCUCUCUCCAAGAAAACUUAGGCAUGAUGUCUACUCAUAUUCAUACCAAAAAGAUUCAAACAUCCCUUUAGUCAUUUAUGUUCUUGCAUCUAUAAUAGACAGAACGUUGUCUAGGAACGAGAGAAUAGCUAAAAACUGCAGAUUUCCACUGUCAUCCAAAUCUGCUAAAACCCGAGUUUUCGACUGUAAUGAGACACCGGAUAUGAGAAUCCAAUCCUACCUUGAAAGAAUUUUCAGAUAUACAAGAGCUGGACCAUCUGUUUAUGUUGUUGCAUAUGUUUAUAUUGAUAGAUUUUGCCAGUUACAUCCCGAGUUUCGAAUUGGCGUGAGGAAUGUGCAUAGGUUGCUCAUUACAACAAUAAUGUUGGCAUCCAAAUAUGUAGAAGACAUGAAUUACAGAAAUUCUUAUUUCGCUCGAGUAGGGGGAUUAACAUCAAAGGAAAUGAACAAGUUAGAGGUUGAAUUUUUGUUCUUGAUGAAAUUCAAGUUUCAUGUGAAUGUAAGUGUUUUCGAGAGUUACUGCUGCCAUUUGGAGAGGGAAGUGAGUAUUGGAGGAGUUUACCAUAUUGAGAGGACUUUAAGGUGUGCAGAAGAAAUCAAAACAAAGCAAAGAGAAGAAACAAGACUUGAUCAUAUUGCCCAUCUUUUGCUGUAA